AAAAUGCACUCGACGUGGUGUCGAAAUGAAGUUUCAUAUCAUCCAGGUCAUAGUUGAGUAUUGGAUAUAUACUUAAACAGUCUGUGGAACUGCAAAGACAAAAUCUACAUUUGACUGCAGUCUGUGAAUAUAUGCGAUCUUCUGAAGAACAGAUUUAAAACACACGAUCAAAAGCUUUUGACAAGGAGAGAAACGUCUCUGAGCAAAAAUAUGAAUUCAACUUUAGUGGUGUAAAUUAUCUUAACCUUGAUUUGAUAAGGCCAGAGGUUGUUAAAUUACGCAGCUCUUGAGCCACAAGUAAACUGCUCCUCUACUGAAUUGCCCUUUUAUUGAAGCUCUUAACUCCCACAACCCGGUGGAUAUUUUGUAUCUCCUGCCUCAUUAGCUGCUCUAUUUUCGGGGCUCUGCUAGAAAAUCCAUCUGCACCGAGUGAUCCAUGGCAGCCACAGGAGGUUUAAAAGCUAUUUACAUACUUACUGAAUAAUAAUGUAUCAAUCUGUUAGUUUUCUUUGCUUUGGAAAUACCCCCUCAGAAUUAUGAUGAUGAGUCACCAAAGCUGAUUACCUGGCUUUCAAACAUCCAACAAGCCUCUCACCCCAGUAUUGUCCAUUGCUUCAUUUCUAUUCCUUUUGUAUGUCAGUGAAAAUUGGAUAGGAACUUGACACGGUCAAUGGUGUACCACAUUGUAGUGAGUUUGAAAAGUUGUAGUUGAUACGGCCGUUUUCAGUCAUGAUCAGCUUCUUUUUUUUUGUCCUACAUGUUACGGUCUUCUUCUCUAUCAAAUGUUUGUGUUCACCCUGCUUCAUAUCAAAGAACUGAAUGACUGUGCCUUAUUGUUUAUGUUUGUUGUUGAAGCACAUUUUUAUACAUAAUAGCCAACCAAAAGUAAUUUGUAUUAUAUAAAUAAUUUAAACAAUGUACAGGAUGUAAAUGGAUGGGAUUAUUUUUAAAUCACCAAUGUUUACUGUAAAAUCCUCUCUCUCUCUCUCUCUCUCUCUCUCUCUCUCUCUCUCUCUCUCUCUCUCUCUCUCUCUCACACACACACACACACACACACACACACACACACACACACACACACACACACACACACACCUUUUCCACUUGUUUGUGCUGGGUGUCAGUCAGCCUGUGAUGUCUCUCCACAGGAUAAUGCACUGGGCCCGGCGCAUCGAGCAGGAGAUUGACAGAGUGUUUCAGCACAUCACUGGGGCUCAGCAGUUGAAAGGGAUUUACAACGAGGAGAGACGGCGGUUUACUCUGGUGAAGAAUCAGCCUCGAAAGAUAGUUGAGAGGGUGGCCUCAGACAUCGAGAAACUCCUGGCUAAGAAACGCAAAGCACUCGAUAGGUUAGCGAGUGAAGCAGAGCGGCUCCAGCGAGAGCAUCUUUGGCAGGAUGGAAUAAAGGAGCUGGACAUGGCUUAUUAUGACUCAAAGGCUGAACUGGAUUAUUACUCCAUGGACGGAGAAGGAGAGGUGGAGAAUCCUUCACACAUCAAGCUGGAGUUUGUGUACGAUCCGAACUUCAAAAACAACGUCAACUACUCGUACACAGCAGUUCAGAUCCCCACAGACAUUUAUAAAGGAGCUCCGGUCAUUCUGAAUGAACUGAACUGGACACAAGCUCUGGAGAAAGUGUUCAUGGAGAACAGUCAGGAGGAUCCGUCGCUACUGUGGCAAGCGUUCGGGAGCGCGACAGGUGUCACACGCUACUACCCAGCUACGCCAUGGAAAGCUCCUGAUAAAAUCGACUUAUAUGACGUCAGGCGGAGGCCCUGGUACAUCCAGGGAGCCUCAUCCCCCAAAGAUAUGGUCAUUCUUGUUGAUGUGAGCGGCAGUGUCAGUGGACUCACCCUUAAACUGAUCAAAGCCUCUGUGAUGGAAAUGCUCGACACUUUGUCUGACGAUGACUACGUCAACGUGGCAAGGUUCAAUGAGAAGGCUGAGGCUGUGGUGCCCUGCUUUAAACAUCUUGUUCAGGCGAACGUGCGCAACAAAAAGAUCUUCAAGGACGCAGUGCAGCAGAUGCAGGCUAAAGGCACCACUGACUACAAGUCUGGAUUUCAUUUUGCCUUCAACCAGCUGUUAAAUAAAACGAAUGUCCCUCGGGCGAACUGUAAUAAAAUAAUCAUGUUGUUCACUGAUGGAGGGGAGGACAGAGCUCAGGACGUCUUCAUGCAAUACAACUGGCCCAACAAAACGGUACGAGUUUUCACCUUUUCUGUGGGUCAACACAACUAUGAUGUCACCCCUUUGCAGUGGAUCGCAUGCACCAACAAAGGUUACUAUUUUGAGAUCCGUUCCAUCUGUGCUAUAAGGAUAAACACCCAGGAGUACCUCGAUGUGCUGGGACGCCCCAUGGUUCUGGCAGGCAGUGAUGCCAAGCAGGUUCAAUGGACCAACGUGUAUCAGGAUGCUUUGGGUCUUGGCAUGGUAGUAACUGGGACUUUGCCUGUGUUCAAUCUCACCAUGGAUGGAAACUCACAGAAUCAGCUGAUAUUGGGUGUCAUGGGAGUUGACGUGCAUCUUGAUGAGAUAAAGAGACUAACACCCCGAUACAAUCUUGGAGCCAAUGGAUACAUAUUUGCCAUUGAUCCCAAUGGAUAUCUUCUCCUUCACCCCAAUCUUCAGCCUAGGCUGGUGAACCUCCCUGAGCCUGUAACGCUGGACUUCCUGGAUGCAGAGGUGGAGGACAGCAAUAAAGAGGAGAUCCGGCGACAAAUGAUAGAUGGGAGACCAGGUGAAAUGCAGGUCAAAACUCUUAUCAAGUCAAUUGAUGAGCAAUACAUCGAUGAGGUGUUCAGGGGUUAUACCUGGACUCCGAUCAAUGGUACAGAUUACAGUCUUGGUCUGGUAUUACCCCCCUACAAUGAAUAUUUCAUCCAGGCAGACCUGAGCGAUGUGAUGCUGCAGCUCCAGUCCUCUGUCUCUGACACAGAUAUGCAGUCACUGCUGCCCAGCUCCUUUGAGUCUGCAGGACAUGUGUUUCUGGCUCCAAGGGAAUACUGCAAACGCCUGCAGAUCUCAGAUAACAACACCCAGUUUUUGCAGAACUUCCUCUCGCUCAUGCUGGACAUUUCUCCAGAAUCUGAUGAGUGUGACCAAGGCCUCAUCCACAACCUCAUUUUGGAUUCUCGGAUCAUUGGGCAGCUGGCCUCUCGGGUUUGGAAGAACAAGGACUUGAACUCGUACGGCUUCCUGGCUGUGUUUGCUUCCACUGAUGGAGGAAUAACACGAGUAUUUCCCAAUAUAGCUGCUGAAAUAUGGGACGAGGAUCCUGAACCCUUCAAUUCAAACUAUUACAGACGGAGCCUUGACAACAAGGGCUACAUGUUCAGAGCUCCAUCCAGAUCAUGUGAGAGACAGUGCAAGAAUGAAACAAUGGAUGACCCGGUUGGUGCAGAAAAUGGAACUGUUGGAAUUCUGGUCACUUCAGCUGUUGAGGUUAAUUUAGGAGGAAAACUGCUCAAACCUUCAGUGGUCGGAGUGAAGCUGGACUUGGAGGCGUGGGUGGACAAGUUUAAGAUCCUGGCCAGCAACGUGUCGGACAGUCGACAGGGCUCACACAAGUGUGGACCGUCCAGAAGCUGUGAGAUGGACUGUGAGGUGAACACUGAUGACCUCCUCUGUUAUCUAAUUGAUGACGGUGGGUUCCUGGUUAUGUCCAAUCAGAGAGAUCACUGGAAAAAGAUUGGUCUCUUCUUUGGUGAUGUGGACCCUUACCUGAUGCACGCACUCUACAACAACUCAAUCUUCAACAGGCGUCAGUCUUUCCACUUCCAGUCUGCGUGUGAGCCAACCACCAGCAGCCACACCGGAGCAGCACACAGGGGCAUCUUUGUGCCGUCCAUCGCUGACAUCCUCAGUAUGGCCUGGUGGACGUCGUCAGUGGCAUGGUCUGUGACCCAGCAGCUACUGUAUGGACUGGCCUACAACAGCUGGCUCUACCAAGAUGAUGUCCUGGUGGAAGGUUUUGAAACAAAGGAAAGCAGCUGUGUGACCAUCCAAAGCCAGUUUUACUUCACAAACACCACAAACUCCUACAACGUGCUGCAGGACUGUGGAAACUGCUCACGGCUGUUUCACGCCAAGCGGAUAGAAAACACAAACCUGCUGUUUGUGGUCGCUGAGACGCUCCCCUGCAGCUCGUGUGAGAUCGAGAGACUAACACAGGUCAAGACAGAAUUUCAGGAGGAGAAUCCAUGCGAAGUACUAAGCAACGCACGGUAUCGUAAAGGCCCCACUUCCUGCUUUGACUACAGUGCCUUAGAAAACACGUCAGAGUGUGGACGGGGUCAUGCUCUGCAGUCCUCCAUAGGAGUCCUUCUCUUAAUUCAGCUUAUUCUGCCUCUUUUUCAUCUCUGACACAUACUGAACAUACACUCCAACUGACAUCUUUCAUCUCUUUUGGUUCAGGCUCGGAUCUACUGAAGGUCAUGCCAAACAGCUACUGUUUAAAUCUUCUUUUGAUCUGCAGACAGCCCUGAAACUCAUUUGUGCUGAAAAGAAAAUGUGGAUCAGCUCUCAGUGUUUUUUGCCUUAUUGCAUAUGCAUUUGUUGGUGUGUCAGGGCUUGAGGACAGAAUACAGAGAAUGUGUUUAGUGUGCAUGCCAGUUUAACUAGGACAAGCAUGCUUCAGAUUUAAGCACACAGGCUCAGCCAUGAGAACAAUCUUAAAAGUCAGGGAGGCAGCUGAAAUGUACUUUUAAUGGACCAAUGAGUAAUAACCCAGCUGAGGCAAAGCCAGUUCAAAUUUGAGGUUAGAUUGUUGGGGGUGAAAUUGUAAAAGAUCUAAAAACUCAAGUUAAUUUUACUUUUUGGUGAACAUGGUGGACGGAAGUAUUGAGAUCUUUAAUUGAUAUAAAGUUUCUAUACAAAAAUGCAGCAAUACAACCUAACAAGCAAGUUUUCAAAUUUAACUUAAAGCUCC